UACAGAUACAUGUUGCAUGAUACGUGCCAGAUAUACUGUGUGUGUGCAUGAUAACAUCAGGUGAGCCAUUUCAAUAAAGAUGUCGGAUAUGCAGGAUACCCUGCUGCUGGGAUCAGAGGGAAUCAAGAAAACAAUCCUGCAUGGAGGCGCCGGAGACAUUCCUAAGUUCAUCACGGGGGCAAAGGUGACGUUUCACUUCCGCACCCAGCUGUGCGAUGAUGAACGCACAGUAAUAGACGACAGCAAAGUGGUCGGGACGCCCAUGGAGAUCGUGAUCGGCAACAUGUUCAAACUGGACAUAUGGGAGACUCUGUUAGCCUCGAUGAGGAUCGGUGAGGUGGCGGAUUUCUGGUGUGACAUCACUCACACUGGCGUUUACCCACUUGUCUCCAAGAGUAUGCGACGCAUUGCUGAAGGCAAAGAUCCUGUGGACUGGCACCUCCACACGUGUGGCAUGGCUAACAUGUUCGCCUACCACACCCUUGGCUACGACGACCUGGAUGAGCUCAUGAAGGAACCCAAACCUCUCUACUUUGUCCUCGAGCUGCUCAUGGUGCAGCAGCCCAGUGAGUACAACAGGGAGUCGUGGGCUCUGAGCGAUGACGAGAGGCUGAAGAUCGUUCCUGUGCUGCAUGGCCAAGGGAACAAGCUCUUCAAACAAGGACGCUACCAGGACGCGACGCAAAAAUACAAGGAGGCCAUCAUCUGCAUCAAAAAUGUUCAGACUAAGAAAAAAUCCUGGGAGGUCCCAUGGAUGAAACUGGAGAAAAUGGCCAACACCUUGACCCUGAACUACUGCCAAUGUUUGCACCGUAUGGAGGAGUACUACGAGAUCAUCGAGCACACCAGUGACAUCAUCAAUCAGCACCCAGGCGUAAUGAAGGCCUUCUACCUACGAGGGAAAGCCCACAUGGAGGUGUGGAACGAGGCAGAGGCCCGGCAGGACUUCAGCAGGGUGCUGGACCUGGACCCUCGCAUGAAGAAGGCUGUGAAGAAGGAACUGGCUGUGCUCAAUAUGCGCAUGGAAGAGAAAAACCAGGAGGACAGGGAAACGUACAAGGGAAUGUUCUGACCAGGACAGACUGCGACUCUGAGCAAUCAGUGACGUGAUGUGACAAAGACGGAGUGAAAUUGUUGAAACAAAUCGAUGUAAUUUAUUGAUAUUUUCCAACAAUAAAAUAAUACCUUGAUGCUGGUUCAAUAAAUCAGGAAUUGUAUGAACACCAAUCUUAAGGCCCAUCUACCUUUUUUUACCAAACCAUGAUUGAGACCACAUCGAAGUUAAAUUCACCCAUAUAUAUAACUAUCUUUAAAAAGUUCUUCAGCAAUAUGUCAUGAAUGCUACUAUUAGCAAUGCAUUACAUGAUUUGCCUGGAAAAUUAUUAUUACAUUAUUAAAUAGUGUUUAAGAAUAGUAAGUAAGAAUAUCUUUGUUUAUCUUUACUGUCAAGAGUUAGAUAGGAAAUCCAUGAAUCUAAUGGCAGCGGGAGCCAGUUUAGUUUAUAUUAUCUUGGUUUCGCUUAGUUUAGCUUCACUUAGUUUAGCUUUUCUUUGUUUACUUUAUAUUGUCUUAUCUUAUCUAACAACUAGCUGAGCACUGUCCAAGAGAGAGAAAGACCUCUAGCACAGGUCAAGUUCGUCACAUAACACAAUCUUUUUCUUUUGUUUAAUCCAGGUGAACAGGGAUAUGUAUUAUUUGAAGACUGGAUUAAAAAAUAAAAGAUUUCAAACAAAGUAAUUAA